CUCCCAAGACCUCCGGAAGGCCAUGGUCGCCUCGCAGAUGCCCCAGCUCCUGUUCCCGACGGUGAUCCUGGCCCUCUUUUUCCUUCCCCAGGCACAGCUGGCCGGCGUCUUCGAGCUGCAAAUCCACUCUUUCGGGCCGGGACCGGGCCCCGGGGCCCCUCGGUCCCCCUGCAAGGCCGGGGGCCCCUGCCGCCUCUUCUUCAGGGUCUGCCUGAAGCCGGGGAUCUCCGAGGAGGCCGCCGAGUCUCCGUGCACUCUGGGCGCGGCGCUGAGUGCGCGCGGACAGGUCUACACUGCGCAGCCUGGAGCUACAGCGCCUGACCUGCCACUGCCUGACGGUCUCAUGCGUGUGCCCUUCCGGGACGCCUGGCCGGGCACCUUCUCGCUUAUCAUUGAAACCUGGAGAGAGGAGUUAGGAGAACAGAUUGGAGGGCCCACCUGGAGCCUGCUGGCGCGGGUGGCCGGUCGGCGCCGCCUGGCGGCCGGGGGCCCGUGGGCGCGGGACGUGCAACGCGCAGGAGCCUGGGAGCUGCGUUUCUCCUACCGCGCGCGCUGCGAGCCGCCGGCCAUCGGGGCCGCGUGCGCGCGCUUCUGCCGCUCGCGCAGCGCCACCUCGCGCUGCGGCCCGGGACUGCGCCCCUGCGCGCCGGUUGAGGACGAGUGCGAGGCACCGCUGACGACGUGUCGAGCAGGCUGCAGCCCAGAGCAUGGCUUCUGUGAGCAGCCCGAUGAAUGUCAAUGCCUGGACGGCUGGACUGGGCCUCUCUGCACAGUCCCUGUCUCCACCAGCAGCUGCCUCAGCCCCAGGGGCCCAUCCUCGGCCACCACUGGAUGCCUCGUACCCGGGCCUGGGCCCUGUGAUGGGAACCCGUGUGCCAACGGGGGCAGCUGUAGUGAGACACCAGGGUCCUUCGAAUGCACCUGUCCCCGUGGGUUCUACGGGCUGCGGUGUGAGGUGAGCGGGGUGACGUGUGCGGAUGGACCUUGCUUCAACGGUGGCUUGUGUGUGGGAGGCGCAGACCCAGACUCUGCCUACAUUUGCCACUGCCCACCUGGUUUCCAAGGCUCCAACUGUGAGAAGAGGGUGGACCGCUGCAGUCUGCAGCCAUGCCGGAAUGGCGGGCUCUGCCUGGACCUGGGCCACGCCCUGCGCUGCCGCUGCCGCGCCGGCUUCGCGGGGCCGCGCUGCGAGCACGACCUGGACGACUGCGCCGGCCGCGCCUGCGCCAACGGCGGCACCUGCCUGGAGGGCGGCGGCGCGCGCCGCUGCUCCUGCGCGCUGGGCUUCGGCGGCCGCGACUGCCGCGAGCGCGCCGACCCUUGCGCCGCGCACCCCUGCGCCCACGGCGGCCGCUGCUACGCGCACUUCUCCGGCCUCGUCUGCGCCUGCGCGCCCGGCUACAUGGGCGCGCGGUGCGAGUUCCCGGUCCACCCCGACGGCGCGGACGGCAGCGCGGGCGCGUUGCCCGCGGCCUCGCCGGGCCUGAGGCACGGGGACCCACAGCGCUUUCUUCUGCCCCCGGCUUUGGGACUGCUGGUGGCCGCGGGCUUGGCCGGCGCUGCGCUCUUGCUGGUUCACGUGAGACGGCGUGGCCCUGGCCGAGAUACUGGGUCUCGCUUGCUGGCGGGGACCCCGGAACCAUCAGUCCAUGCGCUCCCUGAUGCACUCAACAACAUGAGGACCCAGGAGGGUUCCGAGGAUGGGCCAAGGCUUAACCUGCCCCUUCUCCAUCAGCACUUGGAGACGGAACCUGGAUAUUUUUGUAUUCUCUGCUUCAGACACUUUGGAGUUCAAGGUGGAAGGGGUGACUGGGAGAAUUUUACCUCCGGAAGUUGUACGUAGUAAUGGUUAUUUAUAUCCUUUUUUCCUCCCCCUGUCUUUCCUGAGACAUCUAUAAAGGCUCUUAUUUUGAUCA